GUUACAUCUAGAGUGUCCCAGCCAUCUUCACCCCAGCCCAGCUGUCCAUCACCCCCCAUCCCUGCGGGGAAAGUCAUCUCUCCAUCUCAGAAGCUCAGCAAGAAGGCACUGAAACAGGCCCUAAAACAACAACAGCAGCGGAAGAAGCAGCAACGCAGGGCUGUGAUGCCGGUCCCAACCAGCCAGCACCUUCUACUGAAAACCGUGAAGAGCACCAGCAAUAUCGCGGCGUCCAAGUCAGCGCCAGCACAGACAUGGGCAGCGAAGCGCUCCGAGGUGCAACCUAGGACCAAUCAGAUCUCUGCACCAGCCUCCAACAUGGCGGUUAAAUCUAACGAAUCAUUGCAUGGGCUUGGAAAGAAAGCCUUGCAAAGGUCCAGCCGACUGCGGGACAGUCACUUGAAAAGGACCAAAUGUGCCGAGAUAGAUGUAGAGACGCCGGAGUCCAUCCUGGUGAACACCAACCUGCGGGCCCUCAUAAAUAAGCACACCUUCUCACUGCUGCCAGCCGAUUGCCAACAGAGACUUCUCAGGCUUCUACCAGAGGUGGACCGGCCGGCCGGUUCAGAUGGGCUCUUGAAGCUGAACAACUCUGCCCUCAACAAUGAAUUCUUCACCUCAGCAUCUCAGAGCUGGAAGGAGAGACUGGCUGAAGGUGAGUUCACACCGGAGAUGCAGCUGCGAAUCCGCCAGGAGAUUGAGAAGGAGAAGAAGGUGGAGGCAUGGAAGGAGCAGUUUUAUGAGAGUUACUAUGGAGAGAAUUCUGGUCUGACUAUGGAGGAAUUUAGUGACAUGACAGCAGAAGAUAAUGACACCAAAGGACAAAUGUUUCCAUCUGUAGAGCACACUGAGACUAAUCCUGAGAGGGAAGCACUAGAUGAUCUUCCGACUGUGAAGGCAGAAAAAGACCAGGGGAGUCCCCUGAAAUCUCACUUACCUGAAGUUACAGAAGCCAUACCACAACCCAAAAAUCCUGACACUGGUACCGCUGUCAAAGCUGACUCCAUAAAAGACUCGGAGAUGGAUGAAGAGAACAAACUGGAUACUUCCGUUGAGAAAAUGACCCAAACUACAAACACAGCCUGUGAAUCUAAAGACAUCGAGCCACCAAGCCAUACGCAGGUGACCCCCAGCGAACCAAAGAGCCCAACGGUCUUACAAUUGCCCACAACGCCUGCAAGUACGGAGAACUUUCCCCAAGACUCAAGUGGAGCCGAGACCCUGGAGGAGUCACCAGAGAAGAUGGAGACCGACCUCAUCAGUGGAGCCAAGAGACGGUUGGAUGUUGAUGAAAGCAGUGUGGCCAGUCCUGAGAAGAGUCCACGUUUGAUGACACCUAGCCAAUCUCCGCAGCCAUUUCGUGCCUUAUGUAAGCCCCAGACGGAAACAGCACAGCAGACCCCAGAGCAGAAGGUCCCACCUCUCAAGAUUCCCAGGGCAUGGAUCACCCAAAAGCCAUUUCUUGCCAGCCAGGUCUCUCACAGGGUCCCAUAUCCAACCACUGGCAACAGUCCAGGAAGAACAGGAGCCCGUACUCUGGCCGACAUUAAGGCGAAAGCCCAGCUGGCCCGAGCAAAGAGAGCAGCAGCUGCAGCUGCCCAUGGAGGUUCUGUCCCUGGACCAGGCCCUGGAGGAGGAGCAGUGCCAGGAGGUGGUGCAGGAGGUGACAUCGAUGAGAGCAGGAAGAGAAUACUGGACUUGGGAAGUACUGGAAGCGGGAGAAGUGAAAGGGGAACUUCAGCCCCC